AUGCUCGAGUGCCACCUGGUCACUUUGAAAGGUCCUCAAUCGCUUCUGGCACAUCUACCCAAAACCAAUGCCCAAGCAAGGACGGCAAGAAAGUCAGCGUUUCAUGUGAGUCCUUCGUCCCGAGGAGACGGUGGGUAUAGCACAUCACCUACUAGCAGCAGCGGUCGGAAGUGUAUUUCUGGUUCGGGUUCUGAGGGGGACAAGAAAGAAAGCAACUCUUUGUCGACGAGUGAAGUAUCCAGUGGUUCGCCGAUUCGAAUCCAAGGAAAGAAUUCACUCGAAAAUCAUAAGCACACUCCAAAAAAAUUCCCUCUGCCCCCUAAACCACAACAAAUCCAGCAAACACCACAAGCACCCACCAACAACGAAGAUAGUGGCUCCACGAUGCCUGCGGCAGCCUCAUCUGCUGUACCUGCCUCCGAGGCGGCAGCAGCACCAUCGGCGGCAGCAGAACCCCCCAAAUCGAGUAAGAUGAAAAGGCUACAACUCGCACUAUCCGAAACAAUUUCUUCAACGAAACCGAAGCGGCAAAAGGUCGCAACUGCAAAGGCUGCUGCUCUUGCGAAAGAGCCCUUUAUGAAUGCGGAUGGCACUGCGGUAAAGAAGAGAAGACCUCCAGGAGUUAUGUCUGAGAAAGAAAAGGCAAGAGAGCGUAGGAGAGCUAAAGCUAUCAAGGGCUCUGGGAAGUUUAGCCUGAGGGAUACAAUUGAGCCCAUCACAGGCACGACAAUAAACGUUGCCGCCAAGCCUCAACCCAUCGCGCACCUCCCUCGCUCCAAGCCUCGAGGUCCCGUCGUUCCCACCUUGCCGCCUCGUUAUGAGGUCCCUAGGGGCCGCUAUCUGCAAAGGCAACCGGUCUCUAACGUACAGCAGGAAACAGCUAACACCUCAAUCCCUUCUUCAAACGCCCAUGAACACAUGAUCUUUGAGUUUAAUGCCAACCCUCAAGCUGCCAUACCGCGCGCUCCGCCUAAAACCAACUCAAAAACACCAAACCGCUCGUCUUCCUCUCGCGCUCCUUAUAAAGCGCAAGGGAAUAGUGUAACCGAGGCUAUCUUGAUAGACUCUUCUCCAUCCUCUGUGGAGAAAAACAAGGAUAACCGAUUUAAUCUACAAAAUGAGAAACGAAGAGGGAUAGAAAAGGCCCCCGUUUACAAUAUUCCCUCAGAUAGCGAUGAUAUUACAAUAAACUUAACCUCCCCACAACCUGGAGAGGAUACGCGACGCACGCAGAAAAAACAAUCGUCGAAUACCCCAAGUCAUGCUGGCGCAUUGAGUGUGACGGAUGUUUUAUUUACGAAGUGUGUUUCGUCUCUUACGCCUCCAGACGAGCGCAAGCGCCUAUGUAUAGGUAUUGAAGACAUCAUCCAAAGGUUAGAGAUUCAAAAAGACCAGAGCAAAUUUUUACGACAUCCCAUUACAUGGUCCGAAAAUCGAGCGCACCCUACAUUAGAGAACCUUGCGGUACUUUUAAGACGUCUAUGCGUAGUAACAGAUGAAGGCUUAAUUGUUACCUUCGAAUGCUGGAAGGAGGAUAAACCGAAGUUUAAAGGUCAAUUCAUACUACCUGAAGAUGCAGAACAUACACAGAGGUCUUAUCCACGGAGAUCUGAAGAUGUACCACCUGAAAUCAUCGAACCUUCGGCAGUGAGAGAAGAAGCACCGGGUAAGGCGUUGGCUACUGAGAUACCCAAAUCUCAUAUUCCAGAAAUCAUCUCAGCCUCAGAAACAUCGUCAACCUCAAGAUCGCCUGGGAUUUCUAGGAGAACCUCGAUUACUUCGGAUAGCUGUGGCAGCCAUUAUUAUGUUCCUAAUGUCCCAGAAACGGGAAAUGCACUUGAACAAUUGGAAUCAGUACUAUCUGAGGGGCCUACAGAGGCCAUAUUUUCAACUGAGUACAUCGUUGAACAGUCUCUAGUAACUAGUGAUCAUCCGCGAGAGGAGGAAGGGUUACCAGGUCCAAUCGCAGAGACUUCAGAGGUGGUUGCAGAACAGGAGGAGGAGGGGUUACCAAAUCAAAACGCGGAGAAUCCGAUGGUUGCAGAACAAGAGCAGGAGGAGUUAGCAAGUCCAACCGUGGAGAAUCCAGAGGUGAUUGCAGAACAGGAGGAAGAAGAAUUGACAAACCAAAUCACGGAUGAUCCAGUAGUCGCAGAACAAGACGAAGAGGGGUUAGGAAUUCCAACUGUGGAGAAUCCAGAGGCGGUUGUAGAACUUGAGGAAAGAGGUUCGCUAAGUCUAGUCGUGGAGACUCCAGAGGUGGUCACAGAGCCCUCAAGUCCGAGUAAUCAGAUUCAAGAAGAGAAUGCUGCUUCGGCCACUACCUUGCAGGGUUCCGCCACAACUGUGACCAAGCCUUUCGUCUCACACAAGCGUAAAAGGAAGAUAUUCCAACCUUUCACCGUUGAGGACCUUUUAAGUGAAUCAAGAUCUGAUAAAGAACUACAGUCACACCAGGCAUCUCUCCUCCUCAGGAAACGUCAAGAAAAAGACGAUGAAUAUUUUCCCAGGAUCCUCCGUCUCAACAAAGCGGAAAGUGAUGUCAAAGCUGAACUUGAUACUCUCAACGCAUCGGCUAAAUCUGAAGAGCUCUGCUGCCAGCGCAGAAUUGAUGCCUUAUUCAAAGUCAUACAUAGUGGAGGCCAAGCCAAUUGGGAAGAAUAUCGCGAGCUCAUAAGGAAGAGAGAUAGCCUUCGGGAAGACUAUACACGCCAAACUGUGCGUCUUGUAGAUAAAGCCUCGAAGAUUGCCAAUGAGAAGGCCUGGUGUCUCUCUCAAAAGAACAAAGCUGUGGAAGAGCUUGACAAUGCCACCCAGGAUAAGGGGCAGAACGGCGAGAGUGUCACACCGACAGUUACAACAUCCUCUUCAUCUGUCUCCGAUACAAUGGAUGCGGGCUCGGGUCCAGUUCCUUUCUCUACAAUUGAUCAUUUCCCCACGAUGGAUUCUAUGCUCGCAGAGACGCGGGUCGAAGGCUAUAGCAUGGCUCGAGAGUUUUUGAAACGCUUGAUUCCCUGGGCCAAAAUGGAACCAGAGCCAGUCUCGGACCCUUCCCCUGCCGAGCUUGAAGCCGCCGCCGCUAUUGCCGCUGCCGACGCGAAGAAGAAGAUGCGGAGGAAGAAGAGGUUGAGAUGGUGA